CUUCUCCCUCUUCCUCCUCCUCCUCCUCCCAAGAGGCGGCCGCCUCAGCAGCCCCGGCCAUAAGCGCCAACCACCGGCAACAGGCGUCUCAUCCGCCGACCAGUGCGGCCCCAACCAGCGAUUCCCCUGCUCAGCAACCGGCCGGCCCCGAGCAUGGAAGCCGCCGCACCUGCCGGGAGGAAACCUAGGUGGACCACCAAGAGGGGCUGCGAUAUUUUACGCGACCCUGCCCUCAACAAGGACAUGGCUUUUACUUUGGAAGAGAGACAGCAGCUUAAUAUUCAUGGAUUACUACCUCCCUGUUUUUUCAGUCAAGACAUGCAAGUUUUCAUCGAACUGAAAAAAUUUGAAAGACAAGCAACUGACCUGGAUAGGUAUAUUUUGCUAAUGGGUCUUCUGGAUCGAAAUGAAAAACUCUUUUAUAAAGUGCUGACUUCUGACAUUGAAAGAUUUAUGCCUAUUGUUUAUACUCCCACUGUGGGUCUGGCAUGCCAACAAUAUGGUAUAGCAUUUCAGAGACCAAGAGGACUCUUCAUCACUUCCCAUGAUCGAGGACAUAUCGAAACAUUGUUUAAAGCAUGGCCUGAAACUAAUAUAAAGGCGAUUGUGGUGACUGACGGAGAACGUAUUCUUGGCCUUGGAGACCUAGGUUGUUAUGGAAUGGGUAUCCCGGUGGGUAAACUAGCACUUUACACAGCGUGUGGAGGAGUAAAGCCCCAGGAGUGUCUGCCCGUUAUGCUCGAUGUGGGAACUGACAAUGAGGAGUUGAUAAAUGAUCCUUUGUACAUAGGUCUGAAACACAAACGAAUCCGAGGCCAGGCUUAUGAUGAUCUUCUAGAUGAAUUUAUGGAAGCUGCAGUUUCCCGGUAUGGCAGAAACUGUCUCAUUCAAUUUGAGGAUUUUGCCAACCAAAAUGCAUUCCGUCUUCUGAAUAAAUAUCGCAACUUAUACUGCACUUUCAAUGAUGAUAUUCAAGGAACAGCAUCUGUAGCUGUUGCUGGUCUCCUUGCUGCACUCCAGAUAACUCAAAAUAAACUGUCUGAUCAUACAGUACUCUUUCAGGGAGCUGGAGAGGCAGCAAUGGGCAUAGCCAGUCUUCUCAUUAUGGGCAUGGAAAAGGAAGGGACAUCUAAAAAAGAAGCCAUAAAAAAGAUCUGGAUGGUUGAUUCAAAAGGAUUAAUUGUAAAGGGUCGUGUUUCAUUAACACCUGAGAAAGAAGUGUUUGCUCAUCAGCAUGAAGAAAUGAAAAAAUUAGAAGACAUUGUUAACAAAAUAAGACCAAGUGUUCUUAUAGGAGUUGCUGCAAUUGCUGGUGCAUUUACAAAAAAUAUUAUCAAGAAUAUGGCUUCCUUCAACAAACGGCCAAUAAUUUUUGCACUCAGUAACCCAACUAGCAAAGCAGAAUGCUCUGCUGAAGAUUGCUAUUACUUAACUGAGGGACGAUGCAUUUUUGCAAGUGGAAGUCCUUUUGAUCCAGUCACUCUUCCAGACGGACGCACGUUUUAUCCUGGACAGGGGAACAAUGCCUAUGUAUUUCCCGGAAUUGCCCUAGGCGUUGUUUCAUGUGGAGUGAGAAACAUAAGUAAUGACAUUUUUCUCCUUACUGCAGAGGUUAUAUGUCAACAGGUAUCAAAGAAGCAUUUAGAUGAAGGCCGUUUAUAUCCACCUUUAGCUGCAAUUCAAGAUGUCUCUCUUAAAAUUGCUGUGAAAAUUGCAGAGCUAGCCUACAAAAACAAGACAGCAACUUUCUACCCUGAACCAGAAGACAAGGAAGCAUUCAUCCGCUCCCAGAUGUACAACACUGACUAUGAAAGCUUUCUGACAGACUCUUAUAUUUGGCCCGAAAAAGCAAUGAAAAUACAGACAAGAAAAGUUUAAGCAGAGAACACAACACUGUAACAAUGGAGCACUCCAGAAAUGAGUUGAUUGCCGUCUUUUGUUAACUCAGAACUCAGUUUUUAGCAGCACUGUGUUUUAAAUCUGUGGGUUUGGGGUUACAAAUGUUAAUGUUCUUUCACUUUAAGCUACAAUCUAAACAUAUAAGCAAAUGAAAAUAAUUUGGGUAUAAUAAUUUCCUUGUUCUUUGGAAGAGUAUCUCCUAGAUUCCUGCUAGGCAACGCUUACGGCAGGAGGAACGUUCAGUAAAAGGUUAUUCUUCAUUAAGUAUCUGUACAAAAUGGUGGUUCUGUUAACUAGUUUUGCUAUUAAAUUCAGAUGAACCAAUACUGUGAUAAAGCAUAUAUCAAUAUGAUUAUUUAAA